GAAUUUUCAGUUUCUCAGGUGACAUCAUAAUAUGAGGGUGGGUCAACAUAUGAUGAUGGUGAUGACCUCCUGUAGACCUCAGCAGAGGAAGAAGAUCCAAGCUAGAAUCAACCACCCUAGACAAAUGCCUCUACCCAAGAUCAUUGGGGAGUUGAUUUAUGGAGUCCAUCCUGUGUCCCUGGCCUUAGAAAGAGGACAGAGAGAGAUCUAUUGUGUUUAUCAUAAAUCCCAUCUCCAAGAUUCCCCCAUUUUGGACAGAUUUCAUCAAAAGGGAAUCCCCAUCAUCCAGCAGACUGUUGAAAACUUCAGAUUUCUUCUUGGAGCCAAUACUGUCCACCAGAAUGCAAAUUAUGAAUGUCCAACACAUUUCCUCACUUUCCAUUAUGAAAACAAGGGCUGUGCACUGUCGGGGACAGUAAGUAAGGCAAGCAGUGGCGCGCUGGAGGUGAUGAGUCUGUUCCGGGAGGGACCUGAAGGGAUGUUGGGUAUCCUGAGAUGCCUGAAGGAAACCCAUGGUUGGAAGGUGUAUGCCACAUCGAUUCAGAAGCACAGUUCAGUGCCCUUAGUGGAUGUAGAGAACCUGGAGGAUCUUGUUUCCACACCCCGGCUCCAGCCCUCCCUUGUCAUCUUCGGCAACGAGAGGAGCGGCGUGACGAGUGCCGUGACGAAAGAGGCGGAUGCUUGCAUCGCGAUCCGACCGGGUGGAUUGCGGCGGAACCGCGACGGCGAACCCGCGACGAGUGCGAUGGACUCCCUCAACGUCUCCGUCGCUGCCGGCAUCAUUCUCAGCCGAUUUCGAAGCUGCUUAUGAAUAAAUUUUCUUCUCCUCCGUUCCAUGGACGAC